CGCUGCGCAAGGCUGCUUGUUGUUCCCGCAGAGAGGCGAGAAGAUGGCGGCCGUGUCAAGCGGAGGUGCUGCUGGGUCCGCUGCGGCCGGGAUUACGCACUCUGCCCGACCGACCCACGCAGGCAUGGGCUCCCAGAACCGAGCCCAGCCAUCCUCGGGGAUCACCCACUCCGGUCGUACCAGCACGGCCGCUGGGUGCAUCACCAACCCUGGUCACACUUCAGUCACCAGGCCCCCCCCAGCCCGAGUGGGCCACUACGAAAUCGAGCGGACUAUCGGCAAGGGGAAUUUCGCGGUUGUUAAACUAGCCACACACAUCAUUACCAAAGCAAAGGUGGCUAUAAAAAUAGUGGAUAAAACCCAGCUGGACGAUGAAAACCUGAAAAAGAUCUUCAGAGAGGUGCAAAUCAUGAAGUUGCUGAAGCACCCCCACAUAAUCCGCCUCUACCAGGUGAUGGAGACUGAGAGGAUGAUCUAUCUGGUAACAGAGUACGCUAGCGGUGGAGAGAUAUUUGACCACCUGGUAGCUCAUGGGCGUAUGGCAGAAAAGGACGCCAGGAAGAAGUUCAAACAGAUCGUGGCAGCAGUCCAUUUCUGUCACUGCCGCAACAUUGUCCACAGAGACCUGAAGGCUGAGAAUCUGCUGCUGGACCACAACCUCAACAUCAAAAUCGCAGAUUUUGGCUUCAGUAACCUGUUUUCUCGAGGACAGCUGUUGAAGACAUGGUGUGGCAGUCCUCCCUAUGCCGCACCAGAACUCUUUGAGGGCAAGGAGUAUGACGGACCUAAAGUAGAUAUAUGGAGCUUAGGUGUGGUGUUAUACGUUUUGGUGUGCGGCGCCCUGCCUUUUGACGGCAGCACUCUUCAAAAUUUGCGGGCACGUGUCCUCAGUGGCAAGUUCCGCAUUCCCUUCUUCAUGUCCACAGACUGUGAGUACUUGAUCAGACACAUGUUAGUGCUGGACCCCAGCAGACGGUUGAGCAUGGAGCAGAUCUGUAAGAACAAGUGGAUGAGACUAGGAGAUCCGGACCCAGACUUCGACAGGUUGAUAGCGGAGUGUGAGCAGGUGAAAACGGAGCGAGAGACGGAGCUCAUCAAUGAGCAGGUGCUGAUAGCCAUGUGUGAGAUGGGCCUGGACCGAGAGCGCACGCUUCAGUCCCUACAAACAGAUGCAUACGAUCACUACAGUGCCAUCUACAGUUUGCUGGCGGAUCGCCUAAAGAAACACAAGACCCUGCGUGUUGCCCCGCCCACACCGCGCUCCAUUACCUAUCCCAUUAACGCUGUCCAGACAGAUCCGCAGGGUAAUCCUGUUAGCAUGACCGUUCCCCAUGUCCAGCUCAUCAACCCAGAGAACCAGAUUGUUGAGCCGGAUGGCAGCAUGGCUCUGGACAGUGAUGAAGGGGAGGAACCAUCUCCCGAGGCCAUGGCUCGUUACCUUUCGAUGAGGCGGCACACUGUGGGAGUACCAGACCAAAGGACAGAGAUGCAGGAGGACCUCCAGAAAAUGCCACCAGGUUUCCCUCGCGGUGCAGUGCCCCAGCCUCCAUUCCCCCCACUGGCCCCCAUUAUGGGCCAAAUGCACACUCUCAUGCCCACACAGAGCUUGCAGCCCACACAGCAGCUGGAGUACAAGGAGCAGUCGUUGCUGCAGCCACCCACCCUGCAGCUGCUUAAUGGCAUGGGGCCUCUUGGUCGAAGAGCUUCCGAUGGUGGGGCCAACAUUCAGCUACACGCUCAGCUCCUCAAGAGGCCCCGGGGGCCCUCACCACUUGUCACCAGCCCGCACCCUAUCCCUGCAGUAGCUCCGGUGGAUGAGGAGGGUUCAGAUGGAGAGCCAGACCAAGAGGCGGUACAGAGGUACCUGGCGAACCGCUCCAAGCGGCACACGACGCACGUGCUCACGAGCACAUCGCAUGGCGAGCCCUCGGCAGAGUCGCAGCGGCUCCAGGGCCUCCGCCAGAGGGGGGGCUGGGCCCCCGACACACACACCCGAUCCAGCUAUAAGGACUGUAACACCCUUCAUCUCCCCAUGGAGCGCUUCUCACCUGUCAGACGGUUUUCUGAUGGCGCAGCCACCAUCCAGGCCUUCAAGGCUCAUCUAGAGAACAGCAGCCUCAUUAAACAACUCAAACAGGAGUGUGAGCAGCUCCAGAAAAUGUAUGCUGCCCAGCAGGAUGAGCGAUUCCUGGAGCACACCCAGCAACAGCAUAUCCUCUACCAGCAAGAGCAACAAAUCCUCCACCAGCAAAUCCAGAGUCUGUCUUUAGGCCAUGGAGAGAACCAGCCCAGUCACCUAACCCACCAGCUUCAGAGGUUGCGUAUCCAGCCCUCCAGCCCUCCGCCAACACAUCCCAGCAACCACCUCUUCAGACAGCCCAACCAGAGCCCUCCGCCUGGCUCAGCAGGCAUAAUGCAAGGGCAUGGAGGUCCGUCACCAGUGCAGUACCAGCACGGUUCUCCAGCGCUCUAUCAGGGCCAGAGUGGCAGCCCGCCUUCCACAGGCCUGCCUCAACAAGCAGCAUCUGCUCGCCCAUUGGCACAGGGUGUACCUCAACAACAGCAGGUGACCAUUCAGGUUCAGGAAGUGGAGCUGGGAGGUGUAGCGCAGAGACAGGGCGGCUUUUUGUCCACACCAGGGCACAGAGUCCUGGGGAAGCAGCUUAGCGCAGACAACGCCGAGACGCACAGUCGCAGCCUUGGCCGCUUCACAUCGGGCUAUGACCAGGCUCAGUUCAAUCCCCACCUCUUCUCUGGCGACGCCGCCUCCCGGGGCGCCUCCGGGGCGGUCGGCUCUUAUAGCCACUACCUGCAGGGAGCUUCCCUCAACGUCCCUGGCCUGGAGGAUUACCAGAGCGGGGUGAUAGGGACCAGCAGCUACGGUACCCCCUCUACACUACAGCAGGCCCUGCUCUCCCCAACUCCUUUGGACUACCGCCCUCCCCAACAGCACGUCACUCCCACCUUGCAGGGUCUUCUGUCCCCCCGCCACUCUUUAACCGGCCACGGCGACCCCAGGCUGCCGCCCCCAGACCUGGCUGCCCUGCUGAAGAGGCAGAGCCCCCGGCCGUGCCCAGCAACCCCCACGCCACCUAGCGGUGCGCCCCAAGAGUAUGGAGAGAUGCUGCUUCUCCACCAGAUGAGCCAGGGUGAAAGCUUGGAGCCACCGACACCGCAGGGUGCCUCUGGAGGCCAACACUACCACCACCACCACCACCACCACCUCCUCCAGAUUCGACCACCAGAGGUCCAGCCACAGCAGCACCCGGCCCAGACACCUUGCCCCAGCUUAACUCACUCGGAGAGCAUGGAGGAGGAUGAGUCGCCCGCUAGCUACCACCACCCACACGAAGGCCUGCUGGCCAAGGCAGGAGAAGGUCAUGAGCUCCUGGGGCCUCCCCGAGGAGGCACCCCGCCCUACAGCUCCCCUACACACAGGCAUGGUGCCUUCCAAGGAAUGCUCCAGCAACUAGAGAAUCUGAGCAUGUGGAGUGCAGGCCCCAAGGGCAGGCCAUGGAGGUGCCUGAUCAUAAUGGUGUGGGCUAUUCGCGAGGUCCCCAGGGUGACGCCUAUAGGUCCCGUGGACAGCUACAGCGCCACCACACCAUCCAGACCUGUGACGAUGCCUAUGAUCAGGCAGAGCCCAUGUCGGGGAUGAGCCUGUUGGCCGGGAAGGCACUAAGCUCUGCUCGCAUGUCGGACAUUCUCAGCCAAACGUCACUGACAGGAAGCCAGCAGCUG